ACAGAUAGGUUAAUAAAUAUUUGAAACUGAUUGAUAAAUAUGAUGAAAGAAUUAAAUAGGUAAAAAAGGUCCAGCAGUAAGAAGCACAUGCGCGGCAGCGGCAGCGCGGAUGGCUGGUGACUGGGUUGUAGGCAAGCUAACCAGCAGUGAGUCGCUCGCCCACAGACGCUCCACAGCCAGCCCCUAGUCUCCGCACGCUCCCCUGUUGCUCUCUCUGUCCCCCUGUCGAAUUCAGACUCAUGUGUUAAAGUGACUUUUGAAGUGCAUCAUUCACGUCACCGAGGAGGAAGAAAGCAAAAGUUUUAUCGCUCCCGCUGCUGUUGACUAGAAAGCGACGAAGUGAAGAGCAGAUUAAAAGCUUAAAAACUUCAUAAACUACUUCGCCUUGGAUAUUUGUGGAUCGCUUGGAGCUGCUUGUACUGUUUCAAUGAAAGAAGUGUGAAGUCGUAACGCGAAGAUGGAUUGGCUGUUGUGUCGAGGUUAUUAGCCUUGACCAGAUGAGUUGUAAGUGCUCGUGUUGAUGACACGGAAGUGAGGAACACGAGUGCCACGGCCCUGCGAUCGUGAUAUUUGAGCUGGACGGGGUACACUGCAGCGGAAACGUUACCAUAAUUAUUAUUUAAGUACGACCAAUGAUAAUAACAUCUCGCCCAGCCCCUUCGUGGGAGUGUGAGGUUGUAGGAGUAUUAGGAGUAUGGAGGUGCUGGAUUGCCUCAAGGUUCCGCAACUUUCUGUGGCUUUGAUUUAUGGAAAGACAAUGAGAGUUACAUCUAGACAUGAACACCAUGUUCCAGUAAGGUGCUCGUUAAGAAGCUAACUGCCACUGUAACCGACUAGAAAACAAGAGUAAUAAAUUAAUCAAGCUCUCUGAAGUCCCUUGAAAUUGCUCUCAUUGAACUUUACGUUAUCCCUCGAAUUACCUGCAGAACUUGUGUCUAAUCUUUCCCUUUGAGUCGUUGAAACCAUUGUUUGUAACUCUGCAGUGGCAUUAUGUUGCAUUGAUAUAAUCAGAUCUGAGGAAAGGAAAACAGGAAUUCAGAACGUGCCGAAUACUGUCAUAAUUUAAGAAGACUCGUGAUAUCAAGACACGCACAUAUCAAUAAACAAACAAAAAUCCAAUCACCGUCAGUGAAAACUAAACGCAAUCUACACUACACAGUAGAAAAGACGUGCAGAUCCUGUCAAGAUGGCCUCGUCGACGACCUCACCAGAUCCCUCCCCCUUCGUGGACUUGCUGAUGGUGAACGGAACUGGUGAUUAUCUCCUGGAGGCGUCAUUAAACGAUAGUGUGAAUGACACCUUCAACGUCUGCUCCUACAUUGAGAGCAAGCUGGGCAAGCCGAGACUGAGGUACCCCAUCCUGCUGCCCAUGACGGCCAUGUACUGCGUCAUCGCGGUCGGCGGGGCGGUGGGCAACGUUCUCACCUGCCUCGUGGUGGCCAAGAACCGCACCAUGAGGACCUCCACCAACUACUACCUCGUCAAUCUCGCAGUCGCCGACCUCCUCACUCUGUUCUUCGCCCUGCCGAUGGAGGUGUACCUGAUGUGGGUCCAGUACCCCUGGCCGUGGGGCGAGGCAGCCUGUCGCCUGCGUGCCAUGAUGCCGGAACUGGUAGCGCAUGUAUCAGUGUUGACCAUCCUAGCGGUGUCCGGGGAGCGGUACGUGGCCAUCACCAACCCUGUCUAUGCCCGUACCACUCAUACUCUGGCCCGCACCGCCAGAGUAGUGCCCGUCAUCUGGCUUCUGUCCCUUGUGGCCGCCGUGCCCUGGGGAUACUAUUACCAGGUCAACCAGCUGCAAGACCCAGCAGGUGUUGAUUUGCCUCAGAGUUCCUGGUGCUCCAUUCCUUACCAUGACAAAGAGAGCAGGUGGUCGUGGCUCAUCUGGCUGUCAACAGUAGGCGCUUUCAUAAUGCCCAUGACGAUUCUCAUCUUCCUCUACUGCAGGAUUGGCAUGGUGCUCUCCAUGGACCCUCCUGCCCGCACGCCCACAGCGGGCAACGGUGCAAUCCACACUCGGAGAAUGGGCAUCAGAAUGCUUGUAGCAGUGGUGGUGGCCUUCUUCUUGUGCUGGGCACCCUUCCACGCCCAGCGCCUCAUGUUCGGCAUCGUCACCAGCAAAGACCAGUGGACAGACACCCUCCUCUCCGUACACACACAGCUCUUCUGUUUCACGGGAGCCUGCUAUUAUCUAAACUCUGCUGUCAACCCGCUGCUGUACUCCGUCAUGUCUGUCCGCUUCCGCAACGCUCUGCGGCGAUCACUGUGUGGCGGGCGGGACUGGGCGCGCCGCCAGCAGCUGUAUUUCUCCAACACCACCCACGGCCACCUGCAGCUCUCCAAUAACUCCAACAUCCUUCUAAGAACCCGAGAGUUCUCUCUAACCUCUUCAAGAAGAUUCCAUGAAACUUCGAAUAGGAACGGUGUACACUAUGGUUUCGAGAAUAUGGACAUGGAAGCCUGAUAUCCGGCAGACGCUCUAGAAGCGUCGCCCCCGAGGAUAAAAGAGUUUUGUGCCUGUGUCGCCGCUAACGGUAAACCGCAAAGAUAUAAUUCUGUCAUGGUUAGUAAGUAUGCCGACAGUGUAGUAUAAAAGAAGUACAAUAAAAUCAUACUGCGUAUUACCAGAAAAGAAGACUUGACCAUUUAAGAUUUUUCACAUGACGUGAUUGCGUGAGUGAAAUGUUUUAGGGAGCGGGAGAUGCUUUGAGAAAAUGAGACCUGGUGCUGUGUGAGACGGCAGCGGGAAUGACAGCGACAAAUUCAUUGUCAUGGUGACUGAAGAUGAAAUGGUUUUGUGAAC